CCCCCCCCAACAGCUCCCUCCCUUCUAGUCUCUCUCCUCCCCGCCCCCCCCCCGCCCCUUAUGGGGCACAUGUCUGCUUCUUACAACACCGAGGCACAUGGUUCCAGUUAGGCACCGAACCCCAUCAGGACGGAGAGGAAAUCCACAUCUGUGGGACGCUCCGCACGGAACCACCUCCAGCGAGGGAGGCCGGGGGACUGCAGCACCGAGAUGAAGGGCUAGACCGCGGGAACGCUGCUCAUGCGACGGCCGGGAGCGCCUGCGAGCUGGAUCUGGUGGAGGAUGCUGCGGCAGGUGCUUCGCAGAGGGCUCCAGUCGUUCUGCCACAGGCUGGGCUUGUGCGUGAGCCGGCACCCGGUCUUUUUCCUCACCGUGCCCGCAGUCCUGACCAUCACCUUCGGCCUCAGCGCGCUCAACCGCUUCCAGCCCGAGGGCGACCUGGAGCGCCUGGUCGCUCCCAGCCACAGCCUGGCCAAGAUCGAGCGCAGCCUGGCCAGCAGCCUUUUCCCCCUGGACCAGUCCAAAAGCCAGCUCUAUUCGGACUUACACACCCCUGGGAGGUAUGGCAGGGUGAUCCUCCUCUCCCCACCCGGGGACAAUAUUUUGCUCCAGGCUGAGGGGAUCCUGCAGACCCACCGAGCCGUGCUGGAAAUGAAGGUGAACCACAAGGGCUAUAAUUAUACUUUUUCCCAUCUGUGUGUGUUGAAAAAUCAGGAUAAGAAAUGCGUGCUGGAUGAUAUUAUUUCAGUGCUAGAGGAUCUCAGGCAGGCUGCCGUCUCCAAUAAGACAACAGCCAGGGUGCAAGUGAGGUAUCCCAACACUAAAUUAAAGGAUGGGAGGAACAGUUUUAUUGGACACCAACUAGGCGGGGUAGUGGAAGUGCCAAACAGCAAGGACCAGCGGGUCAAGUCAGCCAGAGCCAUUCAAAUCACCUACUACCUCCAGACCUAUGGCUCUGCCACUCAAGACCUCAUAGGGGAGAAGUGGGAGAAUGAGUUCUGUAAGCUCAUGAGGAAGCUCCAGGAAGAGCACCAGGACCUCCAGCUCUACUCUUUAGCAUCCUUUAGCCUCUGGAGAGACUUUCAUAAGACCAGCAUCCUGGCCAGGAGCAAGGUCCUGGUGAGCCUUGUGCUGAUCCUGACCACAGCCACCCUCUCCAGCUCCAUGAAGGACUGUUUGCGCAGCAAGCCCUUCCUUGGCCUCCUGGGGGUGCUCACAGUGUGCAUCUCCAUCAUCACGGCAGCAGGGAUCUUCUUCAUCACUGAUGGAAAGUACAACUCCACCCUGCUGGGAAUCCCAUUCUUCGCCAUGGGUCAUGGAACUAAAGGAGUAUUUGAGCUUCUGUCUGGAUGGCGGAGAACAAGAGAGACUUUGCCCUUCAAAGACAGGGUGGCAGAUGCCUAUUCCGAUGUGAUGGUCACCUACACCAUGACCAGCUCCUUGUACUUCAUUACCUUUGGCAUGGGUGCCAGCCCAUUCACAAACAUAGAGGCUGUGAAGGUCUUCUGUCAGAACAUGUGUGUCUCCAUUCUGUUGAACUACUUCUACAUUUUCUCAUUCUUUGGCUCCUGUCUGGUCUUCGCGGGCCAACUCGAGCAAAACCGCUACCACAGCAUCUUUUGCUGUAAGAUCCCCUCUGCAGAAUACCUGGACCGCAAACCUGUGUGGUUCCAGACAGUGAUGAGUGAUGGGCAUCAACAGACAUCCCAUCAUGAGACGAACCCCUACCAGCACCAUUUCAUUCAACACUUCCUCCGUGAGCAUUACAAUGAAUGGAUUACCAAUAUCUACGUGAAGCCAUUCGUCGUCAUCCUCUAUCUCAUCUACGCCUCCUUCUCCUUCAUGGGGUGCUUGCAGAUCAGUGACAGAGCCAACAUCAUCCAUCUGCUAGCCAGUGACUCCCCAAGCGUUUCCUACGCCAUGGUUCAGCAAAAAUACUUCAGCAACUACAGCCCAGUGAUAGGGUUCUACAUCUACGAGCCCCUGGAGUACUGGAACAGCAGCGUCCAAGAGGAUAUACGGAGACUCUGUAGCGGGUUCACGGCCGUGUCCUGGGUGGAGCAGUAUUACCAGUUCCUGAAAGUUAGUAACAUCAGUGCCAAUAACAAGAGUGACUUUAUCAGUGUCCUACAAAGCUCAUUUUUAAAAAAGCCAGAAUUUCAGCAUUUUCGGAACGAUAUCAUCUUCUCCAAGGCAGGGGAUGAAAACAACAUUAUUGCUUCCCGCUUGUAUCUGGUGGCCAGGACUAGCAGAGACAAGCAGAAGGAAGUCAUAGAAGUGUUGGAAAAGUUGAGGCCCCUGUCCCUAUCAAAGAGCAUCCGAUUCAUUGUGUUCAACCCCUCCUUCGUGUUCAUGGAUCAUUACGGCUUGUCUGUCACGGUGCCUGUUCUGAUUUCAGGCUUUGGUGUUCUCCUGGUGUUAAUCCUGACUUUUUUCCUAGUGAUCCACCCUCUGGGAAACUUCUGGCUGAUUCUCAGUGUCACCUCAAUUGAGCUGGGCGUUCUGGGCUUAAUGACAUUAUGGAACGUCAACAUGGAUUGCAUUUCUAUCUUGUGCCUUAUCUACACUUUAAAUUUUGCCAUUGACCACUGUGCACCACUGCUUUACACAUUUGUAUUAGCAACUGAGCACACCCGAACACAAUGUAUAAAAAGCUCCCUACAAGAGCAUGGGACAGCCAUUUUGCAAAAUAUUACUUCUUUUCUUAUUGGGUUGGUCCCCCUCCUAUUUGUGCCUUCGAACCUGACCUUCACACUGUUCAAAUGCUUGCUGCUCACUGGGGGUUGCACACUUCUGCACUGUUUUGUUAUCUUACCUGUGUUCCUAACCUUUUUCCCCCCUUCCAAAAAGCACCACAAGAAAAAGAAACGCGCCAAACGAAAGGAGAGAGAGGAAAUUGAAUGCAUAGAGAUUCAAGAGAACCCUGAUCAUGUCACCACAGUCUGAAGGGGGUAGACAAAUGGAUUAUUUUUCUUUUCCAGUAUUGCACCACGAUGCAGGGAGAGUAAAGCUCAGACCUCAGCUGCUUGGGCUGGCCAGGGGUAACAAGGAAAGUCAGAUCAAGAGUGAAUUGUCAUGACACAUCAAGGUGUCCGCUUCUUGGGGGGAAGAGAGAAUCAAAGAAGAGGGAAAUGUUCUUUGCAACCUUGUUCUCCACUAAAGAUAAGUUUGUGGAUGUGAUCUUAGAGCUCUUCCAAGGAAUGGACGAAUCAAUGGAGUAUUAGACGACCAAAAGGUCUAAACGCUUUCAAAAACAAAAUGCUUAAGAAAGAGAGAGAGAAAAGGAAAGGGAACCUCUACAUAGGAAAAAUGACAGGAAAUGUCAAAAUUGCCAUGGCACUUUUCUUAUUUCUGUUUUGAACAGGUUGGUCAAAGGAAACCUAUGCACUUGGGAAGUACAUAUUUAAUCCCGUCUAAACCAAAGGACUUCCCAAUCCAUUUUAUGUGUACAUAUAUAUGUAUAUAUACCAUAUAUACAUAUACUUAGAUUUGUCUUUAGUGUACAUUGAUGUUUGUGUGGAAGAAGGUGUCCAUUUGCUGAUGGGCUGGUCUUUCUCUAGAAAGCCAAAUUAGCCUUAGCCAAAUACAGAUGCAUCAGUAGCAAUUCAAAAUCAACUUGUGUUUCAGCAGCAAGAGUAUAACCCAACUGUGUGAGAGGCAAAAUAAAGAUGUGAGUCCAUUAGAUUCUACAUAUCACAUCAGUCUUUGAGAUUCUUGCUUUGGAUAACUUAGCAAAAAAUAAGAAAGUCAUUUAAACCAAUUACUAUAUGGACAAGGGUUAAAAUUUCUUGUUGGAGCUAAACAAUUGAUAAGGCUUUUCAUCGGCAUUGAAUGGUUCUCUAUACUUGCAAAGGCUGAUUUGGCUGCUUUCAGAGAGCUUACCCACUGCAAAUGAGCAUUUUAUACAUAUUGUCCAUACAUCUGUGUAUAAGGGUGCACGUGUGUGUCUGAGUGUGUGUGUGUGUGUGUGUAUGUGUGAGAGAGAGAGAGAGAGAGAGUUGGGAUAUACCAUACUUAUAGUGCUUUCAUUUUAGAUGAUGAAAAUAUACUGCCAUGGAAUAUAGAUCAUUAACAUAGGAUAAAGGAGCUCUAACUAGGAAACGUUUGUAGUACGAAAUGGAAUAAAAGGAUCAUAACCACUCAUCAUGUGCCAUCCACUGGUUCUUAGCAUAAGGAAAAUAUUCUAACCCUGUAAAGUCUAGUGUGCUCCUUGCAUUAAUAUUUGGCACAUUGACCCAGGCCAUGAUCACUGUAGUAGUGGUCACUAUAACGACUGCAAUAUUGUUUUGUAGCUUCUUGCAAUAUCGCUGUUCUUGUUACCUGGAAAGUGCUCCCCAGUUGGCCCUCCGCCUAGGGUGUUCAUGGCUCUCCACAGGUGGCAUAUGAAUUGUAACUGCUGCUGAGUUCUCUCUCAGAAAAAGUACUGAGGUAAAUGUUUUCAUUGAAUUAACGUUUAAAACCAUUCCCCAGCAGAUAUACUUGUCUGUUGGGUGCUUACUGGGAUUAAUGCUGUGUUUCCUGUCACAGAAAAUUAUUAGAAAAUGCCUUUUCCCACAUCAAGCAGUAAAAUAAGUUAAUUUUUAGGUAGGACUGAACAAAUGUUCAGUGAUUCUAAAGUCUUUUAGUAAGCUCUUUUACCUGGAAGAGAGCUACUGUUACCCGCCAACUUUGGUUGUAUACUUUAAUUGAAUUUGAAAUAUUAAAAUCUGGGGAAAAGAAAAAAAAAGAAAACAAAACAAACAAAAACAAAACAAACAAACAAGCAAACAAAAACUCCUGGACUCAGUUAAGUUCAGAAAAGAGAUACAAACCAUUCCAUUCUGAUUGAGGUUUUUGGAAAUGACGUUGAUAGAUUAAUGAAGUGACAAAACAACAAGACAAGUAUACUUUUCCAAAUAAGGAGCUCACCAGGAUAUUAAGG